AUGACGGAGGGACCUGUAUCAAAAUCAUCAGAGAAGAGAUCGAUGGAAGGAUUAGUAAACAGUAUAUUAGUGGAAGGUGCAGCGAUAAUAAAGGGUUUUGAGGUCAGACCGAAGAGGCUAGAGAGAUUAUUGACUGAGGGUGAAAGAGAAUUUCAGACAGAGAUAAGAGUUAUUGGGAGAGCCCAUCACCGAAACCUAGUUCAGAUGAUUGGUUAUUGCCUUGACGGACCUAAUAGGCUUCUGGUAUAUGAGUACAUGCGUAAUGGAUCACUUGCAAAUUUCAUCUUCACACCCGAAAAUCGGCCAAGUUGGGAUGAAAGAAUUGGAAUUGCUCUCGACAUUGCCAGAGGCAUACUCUACUUGCACGAAGAGUGCGAGACGCAGAUCAUCCAUUGUGAUAUAAAGCCGCAAAAUAUAUUAAUGGGUGAUCAUGGGCGUGCCAAAAUUUGUGACUUUGGCUUGGCAAAGCUUUUGAAGCCAGACCAGACAAAGACUUUCACGGCAAUGAGAGGAACAAAAGGUUAUGUCGCGCCUGAAUGGCACCGGAAGUUACCAGUAACAGUCAAAGUAGAUGUUUACAGCUUUGGAGUUAUGUUGUUGGAGAUCAUAUGUUGUAGAAAAUGUUUGGAGUGGAGCCUUGCUGAGGAAGAAGCUGUCCUUGAAGAAUGGGUUUAUGAUUGUUUUCAAGCCAAGGAGCUUCAUAAACUAUUGGUUGAUAAAGAAGAGGUGGAAACAGUACCAACAUGA